AGCGGCUAUUUGAGACGGGGGAAGGGCCACAUGCUGUCGGGCAUCAGGACCAUGCAGACCAGCUCCAGGCUGCUCAGCGGGGCGCUCCUCUGCGCGCUGCUGCUGCUCUCCAGAGCCGCCGCAGCCGACGUGUGGGACACCGAGUCUGAGGAGGUGCUGAGCCCUAGAGCGCUGCGGGACUUCUAUCCAAAAGGUCCGAACCUGACCAGUGAGAAGCAGCUGCUCGGAGCUCUCCAAGAAGUUCUGGAAAAGCUGCAAGCUAAACGUCUGCCUCUGUGGGAAAAGAAAUUUGGCCAAGUCCCAACGUGUGAUGUCGGAGAGCAGUGCGCAGUCAGGAAAGGCGCUCGGAUCGGUAAGAUGUGCGACUGUCCCCGAGGAGCUUUCUGCAAUUUCUUCCUGCUGAAGUGCUUAUGAGCAUCACUGGAUCUGAUUGUGAUGUGAAGAAAAGAUUAAAAAAACUGCCACUCGAUUCCUAUGUAAUUAUUGUCAGAUUUUUUUAUGAUACAGCUGAGGAGCAGGUGGGGCGAUAGCCCAAUUUUAUUAAGUAUAGGCCUAUUAUAUCACAGAAAAGCUAUAUAGAUAAUAUGAUGAUGGAAAGGAGAUGAGAAUAUUAUAAAGAACCAUAAAGUUCCUGUAAAUAUUCAGAACCACUUGUUAUCUGUUGGAAAAUUCCAGGAUCAUUGUUGUUAUGUAGUAGGAGCUGAGAAAUCACCCAUGAUGCACAAUAAACUCACCUGAGGACCACACACACACACACACACACACACACA